UUUAAGAUAAUUUUGUGUUGUUGCUAAGCUUGUCUUGUUUUUGUCAGAAAUUCUAAAGGGUGGUAAAGAAAUAAAAAGUCACAAGUUUUCUAUACUAAAGUUCAUUUUAAUUCCAGCUGGCAUUAACUUUUCCACGUAUGCGUACACGUGGAGCUGUGAUAACAACGUCGCGUGUCAGUCACCACAAGGGCUCCCCGCGGAGAGAAUCACCGGCUAUUUCCAGUUACUUUUUCAAUAUGCUCUUCUUUUGCUUCCACGUCAUUCUCUGUAUAUUUCCUUGUCACGGUCCUUUCUCAAUCUCUUAUUUCUGAAUACUAUAAAUUACCUCAAAACAAAAAAAAGGAAAAACCAAAAAAACGUAAAGAGAAGGAGAAAGAAAGAGAGAGGAGAAGUGAUUCUCUUUAUUUUUUUUUGUUUUUGUGAUUGGAGCUUUAAUAUAUCCGUAAUCCGAAUACAUUGUUGAUUUCUAUGAGAUGAGAACCGGCGGCUUGGAAAUGAUGCACUCUUCGUCGGCGAUUUUGUCGUCGUCCUCUUCGGCGGCAGCGGUCAUAGCGCUUAACCUGAAGGAGGCGACGAAUUGGUGGUCGGACGUCAACGAAUCUCCGGUCUGGCAGGACCGUAUCUUCCAUAUCCUCGCUGUUUUAUACGCAAUCGUUUCCGUCAUUGCUGUGAUUCAAUUGGUAAGAAUACAAUUGAGAGUUCCAGAAUACGGCUGGACGACGCAGAAAGUCUUUCACUUUCUCAAUUUCGUGGUGAACGGAGUCCGAGCUCUGGUUUUUAUCUUCCGGCGGGAUGCACAGGAAAUGCAGCCAGAGAUUCUGCAACAUAUCUUGCUUGACAUUCCGAGUCUUGCUUUCUUCACUACGUAUGCGCUUCUAGUCCUCUUUUGGGCAGAGAUUUACUACCAGGCACGUGCUGUGUCCACUGAUGGACUGAGGCCAAGUUUCUUCACAAUUAAUGCAGUUGUAUACGUAGUUCAGAUUGCUCUAUGGUUGGUCAUGUGGUGGAAGCCUGUUCAACUUAUGGUAAUCAUUUCUAAGAUGUUCUUUGCAGCCGUGUCAUUGUUCGCGGCCCUUGGCUUUUUAUUAUAUGGAGGAAGGCUUUUCCUAAUGCUGCAACGGUUUCCAGUAGAGUCCAAGGGGAGGCGCAAGAAGCUGCAAGAGGUCGGUUACGUGACAACCAUAUGCUUUACGUGUUUCCUCAUCAGGUGUAUCAUGAUGUGCUUUGAUGCGUUCGACGAUGCAGCAGAUCUUGAUGUCUUGGAUCACCCCAUCCUAAACUUCGUAUAUUACCUGUUGGUGGAGAUAUUGCCUUCUUCUCUGGUCCUCUUUAUCCUAAGAAAGCUUCCACCAAAACGCGGAAUCACACAGUACCAUCAGAUCCAAUGAACGGAGAUUGUAUCCCAUGAAAAUGGAUGCAGACAAUCACUUACUGAACAAUACAAGGAAGGAGAGAAAAAACAUGACAAAUUGCUGAAAAAGGGUCCAAAUUUGAUCUCUUUUUUCUUUUCGUUUAAAAAGCAGGAGUUAAUAUCGUCUAGGCGUUAACUGUAGGGAGUACUUGUUCCUUUCAGUGAUAAAAAAAAAAUGUACAUGUAAGGGAUUUGCAGAGAACAAUGUGUUGUGAUUCCUAUUUAACUAAUUGGUUAACUAUGUAGACUCUCUUGUUUUUACUAAACUAAUUCAAAGUGAAAAUAAAUGCAAUUAAUCGCUUUUGACUGGUUGGUCUUUUUGCUACCGGUCUUUUCCUCCA